AGCCUUGCUCUUGGACAAUGCACAGCCCUCGCGCUGCGAACAACGAGCCCUCGUCGAGCACGGACAUCGAGCGGCCGGCGCUCUCAAUAUCACCGCCCGCCGGGGGUCCCUCGCCUGCGCCGUGCGCCUGCGCACCGUGCUCCGCCCCACGCUGCCAGUCCGCGCCGCUUCCGCUCGUCAUCGUGGUGAUCAUCGCUCUCAACUACAUCCCCUACGUCCUCUGGACGCUCGAGAGGCGGCGGCACCUCGCGCUGACCAUCACGCUCGUCGUCAUAUUCCACGCGCUGCUCGGGCUCGUCGUCUGCGCGUGGGCGUACACUUGCGGCACGGACCCGGGCGUGCCGCCGUCGCAGUGGCAGCGCCGGAUGGCGGCGCUCGCAAAGGCGCGGCCGGGCUCGAGCGAGCUCAAGGUCUGCCGCCGGUCGGGCCUGUACAAGCCGCCGCGCUCGCACUUUUGCAGCGUGACGCGGCGGCUGACGCUCAACAUGGACCACUACUGCCCGUGGGUGGCGAACACGGUGGGGCACUACAACCGCAAGUUCUUCCUCCUCUUCCUGCUCUACACCUGCCUCCUCCUCGCCUACGUCCUCCUCUCGAUUGCGCCGCAGCUGCCAGACCUCUUCGACUGGGCCCUCGACGGCGACGGGCGGUGGGUGGGCGGUGUGGCGUACGCCGUGGUGCUUGGCGUGAUGCUUGCUGUGGACGUGCUGCUCCUCCUCCUCCUCGGCCCCUUCAUGUGCCUGCACUGGAAGAUGGCGAUGCGCAACCAGACGACCAUCGACGGCGACAAGCUGCCGCAGUACGACAUCGGCCUCUCGGCCAACCUCGAGCAGAUCCUCGGCCGCCGCAGGCUGCACUGGUUCUGCCCGUGCUAUUGCGACGGCCCCGUCGGGGACGGAGUGCACUGGCCGACGAAGACGGGCGGGGCAGCUCUCGUGCCGCUCGGUGGCAGCGGCACUCCCCUCCGCACGUCUGCCGCCGCCAGCCCCCGCCAGGCCUGCGCCGGCGGCUGCGCGCCCGCCGCCGCCUCGUCCGCCUCCGCCUCCACCGCCGCGGGCAGCCGACCAGCCUCGCCCAGGGCCUCGCCUGCCCGCGCGAGCGGCGGCGCCGGCCCGUCCAGCCAGCCCGCCGCGCCUUACCGCGCCGUGCCGGCGCUGGUCUACUCGGCCCCAGCGGCGAGCCCGGAGGCGGCGGGCGCGCCGGUGCAGGUGUCGGCGGCGGCGGUCUCGCACCCCGCGCGGUAGUGAGAGGCCGCGGCGAGGAGCUGAAAUGCGGCAUGCGACCGGCCCCGAUGUGGUGUGUCGAGAGCCGGAGCGCGCCUUUUUGCUAGUCCGCGCGCAUACGUGUCGGGAGACGUGGAGUCCCGCCUUUGUGCCUUCGUUUUAGAUUAGCCGACCUGCGGUUCUCU